UUUGGUUGGGCUUAAUUCAUCUGUUUUGUGUUGUAAUGUUGGAAAAAGAGAUAAGAGGAAUAGGCGAUCAAAGGAAACCGAGAUACUUAGAGAGAAUGGGCAAGAUUAUGGGGAGCUGGUCUCCUGCAUUUUGGUAUGUUUUGGUGCUGAGUUUUGCUUUGGUAGUAGGACCAGGAGCACAGGGCUGGAGCAAAGAGGGGCAUAUCAUGACAUGUCGGAUAGCGCAGGAACUUCUAGGGUCUGAAGCAGCAGAGGUUGUUCGAAAUUUGUUACCCCAUUAUGUGAAUGGCGAUUUAUCUGCCCUUUGUAUAUGGCCUGACCAAGUUCGACACUGGUACAAGUACCGGUGGACAAGCCCUCUUCACUUCAUUGACACACCAGACAAUGACUGCACGUUCGACUAUGAAAGGGACUGUCAUGAUCCGCAUGGCAUGGAGGACAUGUGUGUCGCAGGUGCCAUUCAGAAUUUUACAUCUCAACUUAUAAACUACAGAGAAGGAAGUGCUGAUCGUCGAUAUAAUAUGACCGAGGCCUUGUUAUUCUUGUCACACUUCAUGGGAGAUAUCCAUCAGCCGAUGCAUGUUGGAUUUACCAGUGAUGAAGGGGGAAACACCAUUAAUCUACGCUGGUUUAGGCGCAAGUCCAAUCUGCAUCAUGUUUGGGAUAGGGACAUUAUUACAACAACUAUGUCAGAUUAUUAUGAGAAGGACAUGGAAGUCCUUUUGGAAAACAUAGAGACAAACUACACCGAUGGAAUAUGGUCUUCUGAUGUUACAUCAUGGGAGCAUUGUGAUGAUAUUCUUUCAUGUGUAACCAAGUGGGCUCUAGAGAGCAUAAACAUAGCUUGCAAAUGGGGUUACAAAGGAGUCGAGCCCGGUACCACUCUGUCGGAUGAUUACUUUGACUCAAGGAUGCCAAUUGUUAUGAAACGAAUUGCACAGGGAGGAGUUCGAUUGGCUAUGAUUUUGAACCGAGUUUUUGGUGACUCUAAAGAAGGAUUUGCAACACCAACUUAAAGCAUGCAUGCAUGCAACCCGCAAUGUCUUUCAAUGUUCAAUAUUACAUAUUGAUCUUCAUUUUAUCCAAUUAUACCUACAGAAUUAGUUUGACUCCAUUUCUCCAUAAUUUUCAUUACUUGUAUUUAAUGAUAAUCCCUUACAAUGUUAGUCAUUGGCGACUCAUUUUUAAUUAAUUAUUAUAGAUAAUUGCGUA